UUUCAGGCAGAGAAGGAUCUAGGAAAGGUGCAUUUCAGGCAGAGGAGGAUCUAGGGAAGGAGGAUUUCAGGUAGAGGAGGAUCUAGGAAAGGUGCAUUCCAGGUAGAGGAGGAUCUAGGGAAGGAGCAUUUCAGGCAGAAGGUAUGGGCAGCACAACCACUGCUCAAAUAUUUCAGGCAUAUGCUUGUUCAUUUAUUUCUCUCUCCUGUACUGACUUAAAAGCAGGGUAGGCUGAAAGGAGCAAAAAGGUAACAGGUGGCAAAAAAGUAAGAUAUAUAAAUACUGCAAAAUGCUAUUUCAGAUAAAGAAAACAGGACAAAAGUAAACAGUUUAUAACCCUCCAAAGCAUCUGAAGACAUCAUUGUAUUUCAGCCUAAAAUACUUGAUAUUCCUAAUGAAAACCUUCAAUCUACCAAGUAAAAGGUAAAUUAAGUUCCAUGUAGGCUGAAGAAAGCAGGUAAAUAUGUAAUUACCAAGAUUCCCACUAAUGGACAUUUAUAAAAAUGUGGCCUUUAACACCAAUCUGAGAAGUGUAAAUGCAUGGAAAGCCCCUGUUCAAUAAGUCCAGAUAUAAGAUGUGUUAUUUUAUACUAAUGAUAUUACGUGUCUGUCUUAGGGUCUUGCCCAUGCUGUUUUCCCAAAAAGAAAGAUCUGCAAUCAGGUGAGUAGUCUCCACUUGGGCUGAAGACUGUUAGGUUUGGAACUGGAAUGGGAUGGAGUCUGCAGGACUCUGGUCCUAGGAACAGAGGGGAGUUUGAAGAUGGUCAUCGCCCCUGCCCUUCUCUGUCUAGUGUGCAGACGACCUGUAUACUUGAGCCGUGUUGUGGGCGGCCAGGAGGCCAAAGCAGGGCACUGGCCUUAGCAGGUCAGCCUGCACUUCGAACAGAACCACAUCUGCGGAGGUUCCCUUAUCAGUGAGAGGUGGAUCUUGAUGGCGGCACACUGCAUACACAAAACCUGGAUUCCUUUGUUAUAUACUGUGUGGUUGGGAUCAAGUUCAAGGAAAGGCUAUUCAAAUAAUGGUGUGAAGCAUCAUGUAGCCCAAAUCACUAUCCAUCCCAAAUCUCAAGGUUCAACUGCAGACAUGGCCUUGCUGAAACUGGUCUCUAGAGUCACCUUCACUUUUUCCAUCCUGCCCAUCUAUUUGCCCAGUACGACAAAGCAGUUGUCAGUUCCAGGCUCUUGCUGGGUGACUGGAUGGGGGAAAGUUAAGGAAAGUGAAGAUACUGAUUACCCUUCCACACUCCAGGAAGCAGAAAUACCAGUCAUUGACUGCCAGGCUUGUGAAAAACUCUACAACCCAAUUGGUUUUUUAUUGCCUGGGCCGGUCAUCAAGGAAGACAUGAUUUGUGCUGGUGAUAUUCACAAAAGGAAGGACAGUUGCAAGGGUGAUUCUGGAGGGCCUCUGGCAUGUUUCAUGAAUAGUGUAUGGAUCCAGAUAGGAUUGGUGAGCUGAGGAAUAGGAUGUGGUGAAUCUCCUCCUGGACUCUACACCAAUGUGAUGGACUACCAAACAUGGAUUAGCUUCAUCAUCUCAAGAGCUGAGGUCCUGGGCACCAACAAUCUGGACUUAAUCCAACCUGCUGUUCCCUGCUGUACUGUCUCUGUGGCUUGCUUGGGACUCUCUUGUACCUUUGGGCCAGACGUUUUACCAGGAGAGUAGGCAGCAUACUACUCCACUCACCAAGUACAGGGCUAGCAAGGGAAUGCAUGCAGAAUAAGCCCAGGAGCAGAGUACUCAUGUGACUUUAUUAAAAUAAUUAGAAAUGAUUUUGUGUUUAAGGUUCUGUAUUCUUGGAAGUAUGUAUUAGUGGCUGGAAAGUCAACAGCUAAGGAGGUGACAUGUUAUAGAGGCCUGCAUGAAGUAGAAAAAAAAAAGAAUACAUGAAAAAGAACAUUCAGGUCAGAGAAGAGCAAGUAUAAAGGUUCUGAGGUAGGAGCAUGCUGCAGAGCCUGCUGGGCCUCAGUAAGGACUCUGGAUUUUAUUCUCAUUGACAUGAGAAAGCACUGGAAGGCUGAGAGCAGGGGAAUGGUGAAAGAAUACAAUAGAAAAUCCCACACCACUGUUCACAGGAGUAUGCAGAGGCCAGGAGGGAACUAGGGUGGUAAAGACGGUAGUUCCAAUGGUAGCAGAAUUAGACAAGAAAAAUGAGAAUCAGAUACGAAUGCACUAAUGAACACUAGAGGCCUUCAGUUCCCUGAACAUCAGUGAGAAAGGUUUGUGCUGUGCACUGUUUCUUGUCUAUCCUAUUCCCCACCUGCAGUUAAAAUAAAGCCCCAUUAACCAAGGUAAAGAAAGGCACAAGCCCAAGUAUCUUACCAUCUGCUUUAUAAUUCAUCACUAAGAUAUAUACCUUACUUCGUAUCUGUUUUUUCCUUCCUUUCCAAUGUUCCUUUCAUUCCUUCAUCCCAUUUCCACUUCAAGACCUUAUUUUAUCUGUCCUCUAUACAUGGAAUAUCCGCCUCUUGUACACUGCAAACCACUUAUUUCUGACCAUUGAUUACAAAAGGAGACAGUGGCAAAAGAAAUCUUAAGAAAGAAGAAAAAAGCUGGGAUAUCACACUCCCUGACUUCAAGCUAUACUACAAAGCUACAGUGGUUAAAUUAGUAUGGUGCUGGUAUAAGAAUAGACACAUAGAUCAACAAAACAGAACAGAAAGCCCAGAAAUAAACCCAUGCAUAUACAGUCAAUAUAUGACAAAGGGGACAAGAAUAACAACGGAGAAAAGACAGUCUCUUCAAUAAAUGGUGUUGUGAAAACUGGAUAGCUGCAUGCAAAAAAGAUGAGACAAGAUUAUUGUCCAAAACCAUACACAAAAGUAAACUCAAAAUAUACUAAGACCUAAGUAUAAGACAUGAAACUGUAAAACCCUUAUAAGAAUACACAGGUAGAAAAUCUAUACGCUAACAAGCCGGAUAACCUAGAAGAAAUGGACAACUUUCUAGAAAAAUACAACCUUCCAAGACUGACCAAAGAAAAAACAGAAAAUCUAAACAAACCAAUUAACAGCAACGAAAUUGAAUUGAAAAUCAAAAAAUUCCCCAAGAACAAAAUUCCUGAGCCAGAUGGAUUCACCGCUGAAUUUUAUCAGACAUUUAGAGAAGACAUAACACCCAU